AUGGACUUGGACUUGCCCGACAACCAGGACAAAGAAUUACGGUAUUCGGACUCACCCAGACGCUGGACCCAGGUCACACAGUCACUACAGAGCCCCGUCAAGAGUCUUCAUCCAGAGCACAGUGUUGCCCUCAUGGAGUCUCUUGAUAGCCAGAUCGAUUUUGGGCAUCGAACAAUCGACUUCUUCGAUGAGAGCAGCGAUGAUGAGCCGCUUACUGCUAGGAAGUCGGCUACGGGCCUACCUGGGAGUAACCUCGAUUCAAGAGAUCGGUCAGCCUCACCUGGAAGACGAAGGUCCCAUCCUCCCCCUUUGCUGCAGCCACUUGUAUCGCAAUGCGAGCCAAAGGGAUGUGUUGCAACACAAGCAGAUUCAGAACAGUGGCCGUUGCAACAAGAGCCUUCUUCUGAAGGGUAUCAGCGGUUAGACUCGAAGAUGCCAAUGCCAACACGACCUGACUCCAUCGCAAGUACUUCGUAUAAUGGUUCCAUUGAAGAGCUUGACGAACAACAUGCGGAUGGUACACCGCGACCUCUAAGGCCAGCCCGAAUAUCAUCCGGAAGAACAGCACGAAGCUCUGGAGGAUGGAAGCACAAUGAUCAUUCCUACGACCUCCGCAAGUCGACGUUCUCGACGUACUCUGAUAAGACAGGGCAUCGACUAGGUGAUAAGACAGAGCAACGGCUAGGUGAUAAAGCAGAGCAACGGCUAGGGGUUCAUGCUAUUGCCUACGAUCUGCUAUUGAAUGGGCUAUUACGAGACGACGAAGUGAUGAGCCAGGCCAAAUCUCAGCUUGAAUCUUCCAAACCCGGUGUCAGGAGUUCUAUGCUUCCACCGAAGCUCAACAUUGGCGGCCCGAACAGUCCACGGAACGCAUUUGUUCACCAAGCCACACCUGACCGGUCUUCCAAGAGAGUCCAUGUGGUGCCGCYCCCAAUACAAGUCGGCGACUCUCAUUCUUCGCUUCCCCAAGACAUCAUUCGGACACCAUAUCCGUUUGGCACUCCCCGGAGCAACCGCAAGGAAUUCAACCAGGAUGCCAGGUCAGGAACACAUACGCCUUCUGGUAGUUUGGAAAGCAUUCUCACACUCGGUAUUCGUCGGAGUAAUCCCAACAGCAUGCCACGGGUGACCAGUCUGACAAUCCCCGCCUCGAAUGAUUUUGCAGUAGCUCGCAAUAGUCGCGAAGGAGCAACAUCCGAAAAGCCAUUCACCUCUACAGCGUAUGAUGAUGCUGAACUAUUCCGUCAACUGCGAAUAUCCUACAAUCACCUUGCCAGCCCAUUCAGGUUCUUCAGCGCGAGAAGUCUUACAAGAAUCCACGUAAGCGGUCCAGCUAGCAAGGCCGCGGACGCAGGAUAUGGUUGGCUACAUCAACCACGAAGUCCACGGAUACUGGCCUACAGGGGAUUGACAGACACAUUCAGUGAGGAGAAGAUCUUACAACACUACCGCAAGCCGGCAUUGGGCAAAUCACGAUAUGCGUUUGUUCAUUGGGCACAUCGUUUAGCUGCUGCUCCUCCUGCCCGCACGCCAAUGUCCGGACAUUUCACCCCUACAACUCCAGAUCGAGAACUUGUAAGGCAAGCAGAGCAGCCGGAGGGGUUGGAGUUUGUGGUUAGCUGGUCUGUGAAGAGGAUCUUGCUGGCGUUGUCGGUUGUACUGCUACUGAGUGCUGCUGCGGCUUUGUUGUGGGUCUUUCUUGGGAAGAACUCAUCUGAGCAAUUUUCUGCACCCCAAAGAGCUGGGUUUCGUGGAGCCGGCGAUCGCGUUGGGACAGGAAUUGUGCUGGGUAUCUGCGUGCUUUUGCUUGGCCUUAGCUCGUUUGGUGGGUGGUUGGGAGUGAGUUGGUUGGUGAUGUAG